UUGUGAGGCCGCGCCAGAGAUCGUUAGAAACAAUUUGUCUCGAGCAUUGUCUAUAGAUUGAAUGCAAUUUAUAAACGUAAUUGAGUUUUCGCUGCAAUCCAAGCAUUAAAUCAGAGUGAUCAAAGACAUACACGAGCGACGUCUGAGAUACUCGAUUACUGAUUAGAAUCAUGGGUGGAAUGACACAGAGACCUUGGACUCCAACUAAAAGGCGUGGUCCAAUUGCAGCUGAAUUUAGCGGACCUGGACCUGCCUGCGUCACCUUACCGUCUUACAUAGGAACAAGAACAUCCGAGUCGAAGAGUGGGCGAGCGCCAGCUUUCAGUUUCGGGGCGAGGCACAAUGGGAAACAAGAGAGCAUCGGACCUGGACCUGGACAGUACAACGUCACUGGCCUCAGCGCAAAAGGGAAAGAUACCGCCCCAGCACUAAGUCUUCACGGUCGCCCUAAGGAACCAAAGUCAGAACCGCUUCCAGCACCUGGCGACUACAACCCCGACAAGGCUGAAAAAGUCAUCCAUGAAAACUCGCCAAAAUACACUUUCGGUUUAAAGACGAAUGUCGGAAAACCGGUUGACACACCGGCUCCUAACGCUUACAAACCAUUUACCCGCUCUGGUAGCCACAGGUACUCCUUCGGACGCAGAACACCAACGCACCGGCCUUCAGGCACACCCGCUCCCAACGAAUACAAUGUGCCAAAAGCAGACAAAGUACUAUUAGAUAACUCACCCGCCUAUAGUUUUGGAGUUAAAACAGAUACUCAGAAACCGUCUAGCACACCUGCACCAAAUGUGUACAAUGUGCCUGUAGCUGAUAAAGUUUUGCACGAAAACUCCCCGCAGUUUUCUUUCGGAAACAAGGUGCAAAUUGAGAAACCGGCUAAUACUCCCGCGCCCAACGUGUACAACAUCCCAUCAGCUGUGGGCGAUCGAUCCGCUCCGGCUUACACGAUUUCCGGCCGCACUAAGGAACCGAUAGACGAGCGUGUGAAGAACCCCGCGCCCGGACAAUACAACAACGUCAACCCGGAGAACUACAAGACCCAUUCUCCGGCAUACACGAUCAGCGGAAGGAUCAACAUACCCAAGGACGAUAACAUUCCUGGACCUGGAGUUUAUUCUCCGGAGAAGGUGGUCCUGGACGUCCCACCAGCCCAUAGCUUCGGAAUAAGACACUCCCCGUUUUCGGCUCACUAUUAAGCGGAUGAAAAGCAAACGAUUUCAAACGAACCGACUGUGUUUCUUGUUUCAACCAAUCAUCAACUAGGAACGCAAGGAUAGCUCUCUAUGUUCUAUCACUGUGGAAAAACAAUUUCUCUUGAGUGAACAUACUCUAUCGGAUUCUGAGCAAGAUAUGCCCGUAGCAUUUUUCAUGUGUUUGGAAAUUGUUGUUCCACAGUUACUGUCACCACAACAUACAAAUGAUGUCUACUAAAACCAUUUCACAUAGAAAAUACUUCGUUACCACAUAUGUUUACGAUCCUCCAUUAUAGUUUGCACGAACUUUGUGACUACUUAUUCAAAAACAUCAUCGUAUCUGCCAUGAAUAGAUUUUAUUCCAUUUUUGUGGCAUAUUGUAAAGCCACCACUUAAGGUCAGUUUCACAAUCUCCAGUUAUCUCUAUUCGACAGUUAUAUGACGAUUCGUACAGUUCAUGAUCCCACUUUAGCAGCGUGUUACUUGUAGUGUUUUCUGUGUGACAAAUUGGAAGUGUCCUAAAUGUAAAGCUGUUGUGAUACAUAAAUGAUUAAACUAGUGAUUUAAAAUUGUUUCAAUACGUUAUUUUGUUUAAAAACGCUUUGUACUGCCAAUCGCCAAUAAUAAAUCUGUUAUUAUAGCUUGAUAUUAAUAUUUUGUUCCUUGCAGUUAUUCUCUGUUAUAUACAUCUUUAUACUAUUAACAUUUGUGUUGUUUUUAUACAAUAAAUUUUUAUAUUCAGCUUAUGUUUUUUACAAACCUGAUACACUAAAAGAACUAGAAAAGUCAAAUAUUUGCUUUGAAGUAGAUAUAUUUAUUCCAGCUAUUUAGGUUUUCUGUAAAUCCGUAAAUCUACUGACAUAUUGUAAGGUUGGCAUCGUUGUACUAGAAUAUCAAGAGGAAGGUGAACUAAUAAUUCGUGUCAGCACUCAGGUCAAUCGUGAUGCCGCGACACCUUUGUGUUAGCGUAAAAUAACGUAAAUCUGGGGCUUGCUAGCAAUACGCAACUAGCGUCGACGCCAUAUAUAAACUGUUUACGGUCUCUGAAUCCACCUAGACUGACAGCUGACAGACAGGCUGCGAUUCUAUGAAUCCUAACUUUUUGAUAAAAUGUGGGACAUUUUUCAUCAGAUUAGAACUUACUGCAUAAGCAAUAUGUAGGCCACGUGGUACGCUCCAGUGUUGCCAGAUUCUUCGCAGGGAAUUAUCCUACAAACACAUCAAAAUUAUCGUACACUAUCCUACAUCGUGCCUCAGGUUCUCUCAGGAUUCAUGAUCAAGGAAAGAAGGAAAAAUUCAGUCUCGGGGGGGGGGCUCUUUUGUUUCCCUCUCUUUCCUAUAAGCGUGCUGUCUACGUUUGAAUUUCUUCAAAGAUUCCGCUCCUUUUUUUUUGUUUUCUGUAUUCGAGAGUAUAACAUCUUUUGAUGCAAGAUGAGCCCGUAGCAUUUUUCGUCAUUUUGGAAAUUGUUGUUCCACAUCUACUGUCACCACAACAUACAAAUGAUGUCUACUAAAACCAUUUCACAUAGAAAAUACUUCGUUACCACACAUGUUUACGUUCCUCCAUUAUAGUUUGCACGAACUUUGUGACUACUUAUUGAAAAACAUCGUCCUAUCUGUCAUGAAUAGAUUUUACUCCAUUUUUGUGGCAUAUUGUAAAGCCACCACCUAAGGUCAGUUUCACAAUCUCCAGUUAUCUCUAUUCGACAGUUAUAUGACGAUUCGUACAGUUUAUUAGAAGUUGUGAUCCCACUUUAGCAGCGUGUUACUUGUGUUUUCUGUGUGACAAAUUGGAAGUGCCCUAAAUGUAAAGCUGUUGUGAUACAUAAAUAAUUAAACUAGUGAUUUAAAAUUGUUUCAAUACGUUAUUUUGUUUAAAAACGCUUUGUACUGCCAAUCGCCAAUAAUAAAACUGUUAUUAUAGCUUGAUAUUAAUAUUUGGUUCCUUGCAGUUAUUCUCUGUUAUAUACAUCUUUAUACCAUUAACAUUUGUGUUGAUUUUAUACAAUAAAUUUUUAUAUUCA